AAGUAAUACAAUCUAUAUGAGAGAGAGAGAAAAAAAAAAUUUAUUUGGGAAAAUUGGAAUCUAAAUAGCAGUAGGAAUUAGUUGGGUUUGGGUGGCUUUCCCUUUGUCAGGCGGGUAUUUCCAAACUGCUUUCCCUCGUAUCCUCCGCCUCUUCACUUCUUCUCUUCCCCUUAAAAAUUUCUCCCCUCGUUCCCUCAUUUUCCAUUCUUUCUCUCUUCCAAUUCCCUCUAACCCAUUUUAUUUUCCGGUCGUCCAAACACCAGCCCCCCCACUCCCCAAAGCUCUGAAACCGCAACAACAAUGUCGUUCUCCGCCACCACCAAGUUCGCCCAGCCCGUCGUCCCUCUCAACACCUCCGCCACGCCCAGAUCCAACGACAAUCCCUCUCUCUUCUUCAAGACCUCCUCUUUUCUCGGAUCCACCCACAAGCUCCGAUUCAAUCCUCUUCCUUCUAAGGCUCAUCACCGCCGAUCCGCAGCCGUCGUCGCCGUCUCCGACGUCGUCAAGGAGAAGAAGCGCCAGGCUUCCACCAACCUGCUGAUCACGAAAGAGGAAGGCUUGGAGGUAUACGAAGACAUGUAUUUGGGCAGAGCUUUCGAGGAUAUGUGUGCCCAGAUGUAUUACAGGGGGAAAAUGUUUGGGUUUGUUCACCUAUACAAUGGCCAAGAAGCUGUGUCAACUGGGUUCAUUAAGCUUCUGAAGCAGAAAGAUUGUGUGGUGAGCACUUACCGUGAUCACGUGCAUGCGCUGAGUAAGGGUGUCCCUGCUCGCGCCGUGAUGAGUGAGCUCUUCGGGAAGUCCACUGGCUGCUGCCGAGGCCAAGGUGGUUCUAUGCACAUGUUCUCCAAAGAGCACAAUUUGCUUGGUGGAUUUGCUUUCAUCGGUGAAGGAAUACCUGUGGCGACCGGUGCUGCAUUCUCCGCCAAAUACAGGCGGGAGGUGUUGAAAGAGGCCAAUGCUGAUGAUGUGACUUUAGCGUUUUUCGGAGAUGGGACUUGUAACAAUGGCCAGUUCUUUGAGUGCUUGAACAUGGCGGCAUUGUGGAAGUUGCCCAUCGUGUUCGUUGUGGAGAACAAUUUGUGGGCAAUUGGGAUGUCCCAUUUGAGGGCUACUUCGGAUCCGGAGAUCUGGAAGAAAGGACCUGCAUUUGGUAUGCCGGGUGUUCAUGUCGAUGGGAUGGAUGUUUUGAAAGUCAGGGAGGUUGCUAAGGAGGCAAUUGCAAGGGCCAGGAGAGGAGAAGGGCCGACAUUGGUUGAGUGUGAGACAUACAGAUUCAGAGGACACUCAUUGGCUGAUCCAGAUGAGCUUCGUGACCCUGCUGAGAAGGCGCGUUAUGCUGCCAGAGAUCCUAUCACAGCGUUGAAGAAGUACUUGGUCGAGAACAAAUUGGCUAAUGAACAAGAGUUGAAGGCGGUAGAGAAGAAGAUAGAUGAAUUGGUUGAGGAAGCUGUUGAGUUUGCAGAUGCUAGUCCACAUCCACCUCGCAGCCAGCUACUGGAGAACGUGUUUGCAGACCCGAAAGGUUUUGGAAUCGGGCCUGAUGGGCGGUACAGAUGUGAGGACCCCAAAUUCACUGAAGGCACUGCUCAGGUCUAAUUACUCAAAAUUAGAGGUCUCUUGUUAUGUUGGUCAAUAGUUCUUGGAUGUAUGGUUUUAUGUUUUUUUUGCUUACCGUUAGAAGUUUCCUGUCACUCAUAAGUUGACUUAGUCGUUAUACUGUUAGCAGGAUAUGUGUUGUCAACGUGAGUUCCUUAUUUCAAUUUUGGUUAUCCUCAUCUUUA